GCCAUUUCGUGUUGUUGUCAUCAGUAAAUUGUUCAUAAAAUUUAUUCGUUUGUUUGCGAGGUAUGUGAUUUUAGUGGAUUUUAGAUAAGCUACGAGUUUUUAUGAAACUAUUUUUCAGUGUCAUGGAACAUACAUUUAUUUUACACAUUAAUCGAGUUACAGUUAUUUGAUUAUUUAAAAAAAUAGUACCGAGACGUAACAAUGUCACAAAAAAGGCGAGUUCAAUUUCAAGACAGCUGGUUAUCAUUAACCGAUUCGAAUGGAACUUUAGUAUCAAAGUGGGCUAAAAAAGACUUAAGUGAUCCAUACUAUAGUAUUUGCAUUAUUUGCAAAAACACUCGUUUCAAAAUUGAUGGCGGAGUCGAUAGAAUAAAGCAGCACGCCAAAACGGAAAAACAUAUUAAGAAUUUAAGUUCUUUAAAUUCGGGACAGUUAUUGUUGACAACAUCGUUGAAAAAUAAUGCACUGACGCAAUCAUCUUCAGAAAUAAUUUCUAAUUUAUCUGCUGCAGUAUCGUCUGAUUUAUUGACUCCAGAAACCAAUGCGAAUAUAGUUAAAUCUGUUACACUGUUCAAUCAAAAUGAAACUGCAGUGAGGGCUGAGCUUCUGUGGUGUUUAGAAAACGUUAUAACUUGCAGCUCUGUUGCUUCGUGCCUUGGGAAGAAAGAACUUUUUAAUGUGAUGUUUCCAGGUUGUGUACCCGAAACAUUUUCUUUGUCCCCUAGCAAAGCUCAAUAUUUAAUCACUGAAGCUUUGGGGCCAUAUUUUAAAAACCUUUUGCUUAAUGACUUAGAGUUUCCUGACGUAUUGUUUUCUUUACUUUUCGAUGAAACUAGUAAUGUAAAAAGUAAAAAGGAACUGCAAAUAAGAGUUCGGUUUUGGUCUCAUGAUGAGAAUAUGAUUGUAUGUCGACAUCUUGAAACGUUCUUUAUCGGAUCUGCAACUGGUGAAAUUCUAGUUGAACAAUUAAAAAAAGCAUUGGAUUCUAAUAACUUACUAUUGAAAAAUGUAUUGGCCUUAGGUUGUGAUGGACCUAAUGUCAAUAAAAAGGUUAUGAAUUUAUUUCAGGAAACUUUAAAAAAGGCCAAAUUGAAGCCUCUAGUCAACAUAGGUACAUGCGAGUUGCAUAUCGUUCAUACAUCUUUUUUGAAGGGUUGUGAAUGUUUAGAUGUAGACAUCUCUGAUUUCAUUAUCAAAGUGUACUAUUUUUUUCACCACCGAGAUGUUCGUUGUGAAACUUUUGAAUCAAUUCAAAGAGAAAUGAAUCUUCCAGUUCAUGUUUUCAUCAAACAUGUUAAAGAAAGAUGGCUUACACUCGGUGCAUCAGCGGAAAGAAUGGAAGAACAGUUUCUUGCUUUAGAAUAUUAUUUUUUAAAGCAUAUUCCUCAAAAGGAUAGCACAACUUUAAAAAAGCAAAAUUACCAAGAUGUGAAAUUAUACCUAAAAAAUGAUCUUUUAAAAGUCUCAUUGCAGUUUGCAAUUUAUUCCUCGAAGAUUUUCACCACAGAGUUCACAUUAAUUAUGCAAAAGGAAGAACCGCUUAUACAUCUUUUAUACGCACAAUUAAAAUCUUUAAUUUUGAUUUUACUCUCAAGCUUCGUUAAGCAAUCUAUUUUGGAGUCAAUUCGAUUUUAUACCAACGAUAUUCUAAAGUUAUUAGAAGAUCCGAAAAAUUUUUUGGAUUUAGAGGAAAUCAACAUUGGGGAAAAGGCAAGAAAAACCCUGCUGAAAUUGCCAAAACUAGCACAGCUCUCGUUUUUAAAUCAAGCAAGAAAAUUUUACAUUGCUAGUGUAAAGCAUAUAUUAAGUAGAGUUAAAUGCUUCAGAACUCUGAAGUAUUUUCAGUGCCUUGGCGAGGAAAACAUUAAAAAAAAUGAAAGUGUAAAAUACAUUAUAGAAAUUGCUAAGUUAUUGCCUCUUCAAAAUGUGGAUAUUGAUAGAUUGGAAUGCGAAUGGAGAUUACUGCGAGUAGAUGAGCAGGUCAGAUUUACUAAAAAUAAAGACGAAAGAAUCGAUGUUUAUUGGAAUCACAUCUUCAGUCUUAAAAGUCAGGUAAAUAAUUAUAAGUAUCCAGAAAUUAAACGAGUCGUACAGAAUGCUCUAGCUUUAACUCACGGCAAUGCCGAUGUUGAAAGAGGCUUCUCGUUAUCUUCAAGAGUUUUAACAGAAGACAAAAGUAAUAUGUCCGAAAGAACUUUAAAUGCAAAAUUAUAUAUCAUCGAUGCAUUGAAAAAGUAUGAUAAAAUGGUAUACAAAGUUCCUAUAACAUCUAAUUUAAUUAAACUCGCUCAAGGUGCUUAUAAAUCUUACCAACUGUAUUUAGAAAAGCAGAAGCUCCUUUCUCAACAAGAAGCUGAGAAAAAACGUUUGGAAGAAGAAGCAUCAACAAAAGAGAAAGAACAUUUAAAAACUCUGGAAAAAAACAGAAGAACAAUUAAAAAAUUAGAGAUCGAUUUAAAAUCUGCGGAAAAAGAUUAUAAAGCUGCUCUUGAGGAUUCAGAAUCAAUGCAAAAUGCUUUAACAGCAUCAGUGAAAAAUAAUGCUAAAGAAAUCGUCAUUAAAGAAAUGGUAGUCAGUUUAGAAAAGCUACGCGAGGUAGAAAAAAAGAAAAGAAAUGAGGUUGACAAGCUCAAUAAAAGUAUAAGGCGAAAAAAUUCAAUUUUAAUGGACAGUGCUACAAAAUAA